AUGGUGAGGUUUGGUCCUAAAUUUUUUCUCCUUGAGGAGGGUUUCAGCCAGAUGCUAAAAAAUAAGAUUAUCAAGAAAGGUGAUGAACCGAGCUGCGCGGAGAUCGAGCAUAAUGAGGCGAGCCAAUCUUCGAUUGUCAAGCUGGCGUACAGCCCGAAACGAGCUACGGCGGAGCUCCGCCACUCGAGCUCCAUCGGCAGCCGCUCCACGUCGUCCCCAUCCGCGGCGUCCGUCGCGCCGUCUCCGUUGUCCGCCGACCACCACUCAUCCGCCGCCGAAGACGACGACGAUGACAACGGUCGCGAUCGAUAUUCUCGGGAUCGCUCUUUCCGCUCGUAUUUCCAGCCUUUUCUUCCUCAAUAUUUCUCCCCAAACGACGAUCUGUACAGGCCCCACCCCCAUAGAUCCAAGAUCUCGAUUCUCGUACUCAUCGCUGUGGUUUUUACCGCCGUGAUUUCAGUUUCGUCUGUCGUCAAGCGAUUGAAUGCCCCAUAUUUGUGCAAAAAAGAUGGCAUAACUCUACAGUGCCCUCAUGUAAAGGAGACUCCAUCACUUUGGGAGAAUCCUUACUCAGCCACUACAUCAUGGAAACCUUGUGCUGAACGACGUGAGGGCAUAAUUUCAGAGAAUAUGGCUGAUUUACUCGUAUCUCGAAUGAGAAACCGAACUGGAAGUUCAAAUCCUUUCAUGGCUCUUCAUCUAAGGUUUGAGAAAGGUAUGGUUGGCCUUUCUUUCUGUGACUUUGUCGGGACUAGGAUGGAAAAGGCACUUAUGGCCUUGUACAGACUAAAAGAAUGGCCUCGACGUUUCAAGGAUGGUUCUCAUCUUUGGGCCUUGGCUCUUCAGAAGCGUAAGGAAGGUCGGUGCCCUCUUGAGCCAGGCGAGGUAGCUGUGAUGCUUCGCGGAAUGGGCUAUCCUAAAGAAACCCAAAUAUACGUUGCAUCUGGACAGGUUUAUGGUGGCCAGAACCGCAUGGCCCCGCUCAGAAACAUGUUCCCAAAUCUUGUCACAAAGGAGGAACUAGCCAAUAAGUUCGAGCUGGACAGCUUCAAAAAGCACGUGACGAGCCUCGCAGCUCUCGACUUCUUGGUUUGCCUGAAAUCCGACGUUUUUGUAAUGACACACGGCGGCAACUUUGCUAAGCUGAUAAUCGGGCAUCGCCGGUAUUUGGGCCACCGCCAGAAAUCCAUAAAGCCCGAUAAGGGUCUAAUGUCCAAAUCCUUAGGGGACCCUUACAUGGGCUGGGCCACGUUUGUGGAGGAUGUGAUGGCAACCCACGAGACACGAACGGGCUUGCCAGAAGAAACUUUUCCGAACUACGAUAUCUGGGAAAACCCCUUGACCCCUUGUAAUGGAAAUUUUUUCGAGCAGGUGUUAUAUGGGAGAAGAGGUUGA